UUGGCCGCUAUCAUUCCAAUCGCCAAAGAAGAUGAUGUUGACGAUUCUUCUCACAAUUCUGGGAUUUCGGCAGAAUUGCCCACUGAAGCAAUGUCAAAUAUCCCAACUGCUCUGAUCCCUUCUGAAAACUCGUCCAUUGGGUUUCAUACGGUAACACAACUCACUCAAACCACCGCCGCUAGCGAUACCUUUAAAAUGACUUCUACUCAGGACAUUAUAGCAACCUCUCCGAUUGGGCUGUCAGAGUCAGCUGGAACCAUAGUAACAGCUCGAAGUAGUAUCUCUUCAGAGAAUAGUUUAGGAGCCAGUAGUACUAUCGAAGGGAUCCAUACCAUCAUCCUACCGACAUCCUCGACAUUGAAACUGGAGACUUCAACACAUACUACCUUUGACCCUUCUUUGUUCCAAUCAAGUCGAGAAUCAUUAGGAACUGAGUACAAUUCAUUGGAUCGUUCAACACCUCUCGAGAAGUAUUUCUCGUAUCCUCAAUCUACUUUCACGUAUUUACCGUUUUCUACAUUAAACUCAACAUAUACUGAUAUCAGUUCCAGUGGAACCUCUCUUACGCCGCCCAUACAUAACAGGACAACGACGGAUUUCACUACAAAACUGUCAUCUACAAGUGUAAGCCUUGAUCGUACAGAAAGUACAGCAACAUCAGUUCCGACACAACCAUUCAAUACAACUUCAACUGGACCUUUCACUAGGAGUAAUGGAGGUUCAACCGGCGAACCAUUCGAACUUCCAAUUCGAGAGGAAUUGAAACACAUUUACGAUUUGGUUGAAACAGAAGGCAGUUUCUCUAGAGCCAUUCUCAAGUCCUUCCAAAUGCUAGGAGCAUCUAAUCUGAGUUACCUUCUUGAUUUACAGAAGGCGAUAGAAGACCAGAAUGAGGAAAUUUCAAGAGUGAGGUAUUUGGCAUCUGUCUUGCAGAACGUGACUCAUCAAACAGGGAAAAAUUCUUCGGAAAUCUUUGAGCUCAUUCCAGAAAUCGAAAGAAUCAUCAGGGCAGGAAUAGCGUCGGAGUUCGUCAUUGAAGAAACGGAAAGCAUAGUGGAUGGAUUGUACAUGUUACCAUAUGGAGUAGUGAAGAGUCAGGCUCACACAUUAGUUUUCACUGACAGCACAAUGACUGUACAAGAUGGAAUCAUUUUUAUAUCGGGAACAAUGCUUACAGCAUGCUCUCAGAGAGACAAUGGUCCUCUUGAAGUCAGCCAGAAUAGCAGAUUGGUGAAAAUUGUCGGAGAUUUCGAAAGUUGGAUUUCUUUGUCAAAUCCAAAUAGUACAUUCAGAAUGGAGAAGCUAACAGGGAAUUCCCAACUACUGAUACUACAUGAACCAACAGAAUUAUCAUUUGUCGAUGAUCAGUCAAUUAGCGUGUUCACCAAGCUCUGGAAUAUCAGUUUAUCGAGCACUUCAACGAUUUCUCAAAGUCAAAGGGAUAUCACUGUAACAUCUUUUGCUUUCGUUGAAGAUCUGCACAUUCUUCUGAAGAAAAGUUUACAAACGGAACAGUUCAGAAAAGGUGAAAGUAUAGAAGCUGCUACUUGUGUUUUCACAAUGAAUACAGGGGCUGGACAGCUGUCAGUUACAUUACGAGAAGGGUUCAUGAAGUUAAUAAAAGAUGAUGGAUCAACAAUAUCUUUCGUGUUCAGCUUCUCUUCCGUUGAGAUGAAGCAUACAGAGGGUUAUUGGGACGAAGGGCUACAUUCUCCAGUCAUAUUCGAAAAUGUGGAUAGAAACGUGCUAGUGGAAAACUCAGUUCUACCUGUUCACUUGAAAAUUUCUGCAGCGAAGGAUGGGUAUAUCCUUCUUCCCUUGAGCUUUCCCGGAACUAACUUGCCUGGGUUAGAGAACUCGGGUUCUGUUGAAAGAGAAAUAUACCUUGAAGUACUCAAUCUAGAUUCAGUAAAUGAGAUCAUGAGCAGAAUACAGAGACACUCUAGUAUAACUGUUAGGGGAGAAUUACUGUACAAAUCACGAAAUAUAACUUUGACUAAUUGUACUAUCAAUAUCUUCGGAGAAACUCUGAUAGCUUCAAGUGCAGACUCGAUGAACUUCAGCCUGACUCAAAUGCGCUACAAGCUGAAACACUCAGAAAACAUCACCUACUUGAUCGUCCAGCAGGGAAGGUUUAAUGAUUAUCCGAGUCAUCACAAAUGGACCAAUCUGCACUUAAGUGGUGAUGGAAGAAUUUUCAUUGAAGGAGGGUUUCUCAUAAGGAAUGAGACAGGUGUUCUCCUCAUCGCCGCGGAUAUGAGCGCUGAGAAGAGCUUCAAAGAGACUGUUUACAAAACAAGAACGCAAAAUGUCUUACUCAAUUCCUAUAAUUAUACGAUGGAGUUCUUAACAUCUGUAGAAGAUGCUUUGAUUGAGAACGCUGAUAUCAUGACGAGAGAGGAGAUGUUCCAGAUCGCUGCCAAUAGCAUGGAUACUUCCAUUGCUCUGAUUGAAACACUGAAAAAUUCUGAGAAAUCUUUCCUCAAGAGUGAUAUUAAUAGAACAAAAGCAUAUGAAGAAGAGAACUUCAACGAUAUUUUCAAUGUUCUGCCAGAAGACCCAGCGGAUAUUCGUUAUGUGGAAGAGUACACUGAUGACGAGUGGGGAAGAGAAGCGAUCCAGAUAGCAUUCAAGAAAACUGCAAAAGCUGCCAGUAGUCAGAUACUCUCCAUCAUGAACACGUUCAGCGAUUCUAUUGCACAAAAAGAACUUGAGGAAAAUGGUCUACCAUUCAUGCAUACAAUCGAAAGUGGUGAUUCUGGGAUUGUGUUAGCGGGUGGUAACGAGACAGCUCUUCUAAACAAGGCAUAUAGAUGUCACAAUUGGGAAAUUGAAUUUCCUGAGAAGUUUUCUGAUCUCAAUCUGAAUCUUUCUCCUUCGCAGAACGUUUUUCUGAACAUUUUCUGUUUUGAAACACAAUUACAUUUUUAUUCUGAGAAUAGUGCCGAACUGGCGAAUAGCGGGACCUUAGAAGUGAUACUCAAAGAUGAAAACAUGAAAUCGCGAUGUUUUAUCAUAUCUUUGUUUCGUUCCUUACCUCGAUCAGCCAUUUCCAGAAUCAGCAAAGCUUUGAUACCAAUAGUCAUUACUCAUUCGACAAUCAACGGAGAUAUUAGUCAACCGAAUCUUUUCCUUGGUACUUUCUCGGAGCAAUACACUGUUCUGAAUCUAGGAUGGUUCAAAAUACCAACUUGGAACUCUUCUCUGGAAAUAGAAAUUCGAACUUUGGACGAACGACAACAGGGAAAAAAUGAUUUGGAACUGUUUUACCUGAGCUUCCAGUCAAUUCCUGGAGUGCGAGACAGACAGUAUGAUUUCCGGCAUGAUAUAAGUCAAUCCGGCGUUAGCAGAUACUUCAUCGCAAAUGAACUUCUGGAGAAUGCUUACAACAAUUUCAUCUUUGGGCUGGGUCAGCUGGGGCCCAACAGAACUGGAGAACCGAUGACGGAAAACAUGUUUGAACAUAUCUCAGGCAACAGAACUCACGAAAUCACCGUUCAAACUAAAGGAUGUUAUGCUUUCAAUUAUGAAAGUGAAUUAUUCGACUCCGAUGGGAUAGUUAGUAAUGAUCCUCUUGGAAAGAAUCUGAUCAAAUGUGGAACUACUCAUCUAUCCUCCUUCUCUGUUGGUCUGUUUGUCACGGAAGUCAAUAAUAAGUUCAGCUUCAACUUUACCAUCGACAUAAUUUCAAAAAACGUGCAACCUUUCAUAAUCAUCUUGUGUUCUUGGAUUUUCUUCUUCGUUGUCUGGUAUUAUAAGAAGUGCAACACUACAACAACUGAUACGACAAUAAAUCCUCUUAGAACUUUAAAAGGCAAUCAAGCUUCAUGGAAUCAUUUAUAUGUCAUCACUGUUUAUACGAGUUUCCAUAGGCUGUCAUCAACCACAUCCCGAGUAUAUUUCUCGCUUGCUGGAUCGAGAGCAAGUGAGUCAUCUCGUGAGUUAGUGGGUGAAUAUGAGUACGAGACUGAACAUCCUCUUCGCUGGGGUUCAUGUGCUCGUUUCCUACUUGCGACUCGAGAAUAUUUGGGCGAUAUCCAAUACUUACGUUUAUAUAUGGAAGAUGAUGAAUCGGGAAAUCUUGUGAGUUGGCAUUGUUCGAAGAUCAAAGUGUACGAUGUGCAGUUGGAGAAAACAUAUAACUUUCCAAUACACGCUUGGCUGUCGCAGGCACAAGGCUGCCAACUAGAGUGUUUGGCUGACCCAAUGAAAUCAGACGAGAAGCAAAUCAUCGAUCUUCAUGCUCUAUUCGGGCACAUAUCUUAUUUGGCGGUUUUCCUUAAUAACCAGGAUCAUUUCAUACGGGGUCAGACAUACCUACUAUCUCUUUUGCUUUCUACUUCGUGUCUCCAAUUUGUCUUGAUAUGGGUGGCAAAGCAGAAUGAAUGGUAUUCCGGAAAGGACAUUAGUGUCUUUACUGAGUUAACCGUUGUUCUCAUUCUGGCUGCCCUAUUCACUGUAAUCAAUAUGAUUGUACCUUACAUGUUCAGGAAAUGUUUCACAGCAGAUGAUUUCGCUGUAGUGCAAUACUAUGAGGCUCUUUUCAAAGAUUAUAAACGACCAAGAGGCUUCCUCAGUCCUACCUUCCACCAAAUCAUUCAUCUUGUAAUCAUCACCAUCAUGGUCUUCUGCUUCAUCCAUAAUACUCACAGCUCUCUGAAACUGUCCGGACAGGAGUCUUUGGCUUUCACAAAACUUUUCUUCUCAAUCAGUCUAUUGUGGUUGUUGUUACUGGAACCGAUAAAGGGAUUUCUGAGUUACCUGUGCUCUGUCAACUCCACGAAAGCGCAAUGUUCACUUACUGAGAUUGAAAAGUCUUUCUUCCUUGAUCGAACAAAGUUUACACACAAGUUAAACAACACAAACUCCGAUUCCGGUGUUAUUAAAAACUGUGCGGAUUCACUGAAACUUCUUAUAUCCAGAGUGAAUAGAAUGAACGAAGCAGCUUUGUUCAGAACAAUGAAAGAUAUGUUCUUCCUUGGUUGUUCUUCUCUUAUUUUUCUCAGUAUGAUGCUUGUAUUUCGGGAUCAGAACGGCUAUCAUUAUCAUCAGAAUGUCAAUAAUCUGUUCAAUCUAGAUGGAAAUUCGGAUUCGUUUUCCAACAUCAAAUCGCUUCAAGACUUCUGGGAUUGGGCGAAUAACUCUUUCGCUCCGAAUAUGUAUGCAGCUUGGUCAGAUGGUAAUGCGGCUUAUGAUAUGCGAGGUUUCCUUAACGACAAAGUUUCGAGAUCUGUAGGUCUGAGCAUUCUACGCCCGACAAUUCUUUAUAACAACAGUAAAAUGCGUGAGAAGGAUUGGGGGAUUUCUCCAAAGAAGGAAUACCAGUACAUGACAUCGGAUGCUAUAGGAAGUGAAAAAACAAGGGGAUACUUCGGAUCGUACGAAGGUGGAGGUUAUGCCUGCUAUCUACAAGGUACUACUUCCGCAAUCAGAGCAAGAUUUAACAAGCUGAGAGAGGAAGAGUGGAUAGACAGACAUACCAGAUCUCAUGUUGGAGAUGCCCGAGGAAGGUUAGUCGGAGUAUCGGUAGAAUCGUUACGUCUUCUAAAAGGCGAAGAAAGCAAUCUGAAAUCAAUUGUUGAGGCAGUUUAUAUUGGUUAUUGUGCUGUAAAGUUCUGUUUCGAGUUGUUCAAUCUCAUGAAGGAUAGGAAAGAGAAUUUCAAUGAGCGGUACCUGAGGAGCUCCAAGCAGUGCAUAAGAUGGAUACUCAUAGGUGGAUACGGAGUCUGGGAAACGAUUGAUUUCCUCGUGGGCAUCAUAUCAGUUCUAUCUUGCUAUUUCUACUUGAUGAAAUUUUCAUACCUGGGAGAGAUUGUUGAUACUGCUCUGGAAACGAACGGAAAUGUGUUCAUAAACCUUACGAGACAAAGAGACAUGGAGCUCAUGUUCAACAUCUCACUCGGUAUCAUGGGAUUCUUCGUCACCAUGAGAAUCAUGAAUAUAAUGAAGUUCAAUCAUCGUUUCUCUGUAUUAACAGAUACACUUCGUAGUGCAGCACCCUCGAUCUUACAGUUUGGAGUUUUCUUCUUCUGUUUUCUGAAUACUUUCAUCUUUGUACUGUACUUUGAAUAUCAAUCAUUCUUAGAAAGUUAUAACACGUAUUUCAUCACACUGCAGACUUUGGUAUCUUGUCUGCUAGGUAAAACUUCUGGUGGUAAAGCUUAUGACUCAACGUCUAUGGGAGCGACAUACUUCAUUUGCUUCAUGAUAUUUGGAACUAUUGUGGUUCUUAACAUGUUUGUGAUGAUCGUGAUGCAGGAGUUUGAAGCUGUGAGAACAGAUGCUGACCGUUUCACGGAUAGUUACGAUAUCUAUGAACAUCUGUUGUUCAAGAUAAAAAAAUCGGGGAACCACGUGAGAAGAUCAGAUCUUGAAGCUCUCCAAUUGUGUCAUUCAUACAAGCAUGUACCUAUAAUCCAUAGAUUCAGGAAAACGAUUGGAAAUGCGUCGUACCAGCUUCGAGCGAUUGAUGGCUCACUUGGUAGGGAUACGAACAUAAGAAGAAAUGAGAUAUUGAAGAUAACGGAAUUCAUUACCGGUACUACCUCUCUGUAUAUCCCUUCUCUAUCUGAUUGA